AUGAAUAUAAAUAUAAAGAACCAUAAAGAAACAAUAAAAACUCCAAGUCAAGAUGCUCAAGGUCGUUGGUGGGAAAUGUUAUCACCAACACAAGUGCUUACCCAAGAAGCACCAAAGAUUGCCAAGAAAAAAUCAAAAUGUCAUGGUAAACGAAAACUUCAUCAUUUCAAACGUAAAUGUCAGGCACGUGGAAUGACUGACGAAGAAAUAGCCGAAAGAAUUGAACGACGAAAGAAUGACCAUCCAACGGAUAAUGUUAGUAAUUUAGUAAACUCUACCAAUAAUAACAACAAUAAAAAGGUCCAAAAGAAGAAAAAGAAGAAUCAAUCAAACAAACGUAAACGAUAUCAAGUAGCCAACGAAAAAUCAAAUAAUAUUAUGAAAUCGUUAAGUCAAUUGUCCAUUUCUCAACCAUUACGAAAGAAGAAGAAAAAUAAAGAAGAACUAGUUUCAAAUCAUGUUGAUAAACGAUCUAAAUAUUUAAAAAUGCCAAAAAAAUUACUUAUCCGUUCAUUACGUCUUCAAUUAAAUUAUCCGAUAAAAAAGAAAAAAGAGAGACUCUUCAUUCUAUCAAGACUUCCAUUACUUGAUCGACAAUUUUGUCUUAAACUUGACCUAUAUUUAUAUCAAUCGUAUUUUACUGAAGGAAAACAUUCGAAGAUGUGGCCAAAUGACCUCAUUCAAAUGGCACAGAAUAAUCAAUAUGAUCUCGUCGAAAAAUAUCUUCACGAACAUCUUAAUCAAUUACAGCAAAAAUUGGAUCAAUGUACCGAUGAAUUGUUAUCCCAGUCGUUAUCUUGUCCAAAAACACUAACAUUACCCAAUAUAGAAAGUCGACUUCAAGAAUUUGUCCGUCUACAUCAUUUAGAUUUAACAAGAAAGAUCAAUUAUCAUGUAAACAAUUUUAAAGAUUGUAUACGUGAAAAACAACUCUUUGAAACGUUAUUUUCUUAUCCAUUAACAAAUGAGCAACAACAUACAAUCGAUCGUCUUAUUGAUCUACGUCAAAAACAAUUGAAAACAUUCGAAGAAAUGACAAUGUUUGAAGUACGAAUUCUAUGUAACAGAUUACAGAAAAAAAUUAAUGGUCAUGAUAAGUUAAUGUCAUUGGAUAACAUUACAAUGACUUCGUUACCUAUCGAGAAUAACAACAACAUUCAACGAGAAUCAAAUAAACAAUAUCGAAAACGCAUACGAGAUUAUAACCGGCAAAUUCUUGAUAAAACUUUGGAAGAAUACGAAAUAAUCCACGAAGAAAAUGAAUAUUUAUAUCAAGAAAAAUUACUUCAAUUCGAACAUGAUUUAUCUAAAUAUACGGAUCAAACUAACAAUUUAAUGACUUGUCUCAACGACUAUCUAUAUCAUCGGACUAACAAAAGUAUUCGGGAAAUUUUUUAUAAAGAAGCAACAUUUCGCAUGAAACUAAAUCGUCCACGUCAUCGUCGAGGUCCAAGUUAUAUAAGACCAAAUCAAAGUUUUUUUUAUCGUGAGAAAAAAAGUCAACAAAAGACUCAAAAGGAAUUCAGUACGAUUAUUGACAAACUUGUACCAGAUCUUCAUCGUUGUCACCGUAUACCAAUUCAAUCAUUAGAAAUCAAACAAUUUACGAAUCAACUUGAAACAAUUUUCAAUCAAAGAUAUAUCAGUCCAUUAUCUUAUCUUGAUAUCUAUCGUAUGCGGAAAGAUCUUAAAUUAGUUCAUUCAAUUAAACGUAAAUUACAUCGAACGCAUAGUAUAAUGCGGGUGACUGAUAAAAGUGGCGUUUUUCAUAUUGGUACAACUGCUGAUUAUGAAAGAAAAAUCGAAAAAUAUCAAAGUGAUACUCAAGCAUAUGUAGAAUUACCAUCGAAUCCAUUAAUGGAUACAUUCUAUAAAGUGGUUCGUUUAUUGAAUGAUCUUCGUACAAAAAACCAAAUUACAAAAUGGCAAUACGACAAAAUGAUGCCUGAUAAAAAGAAAAUCAAGUUAUCCUAUUUAUAUGGUCUACCUAAACCACACAAAGAUGGUACUCCAUUACGACCUAUUGUGUCCGGCAUGAAUUCGCCAACAAUUAAAAUUUCGAAAAUGUUAGAUGAAUUAAUUCGACCAUUAUAUGAUCAAUAUGCUAAAGAAACAAGUAUAAUUGAUGGUGUUGAUCUUAUUCGUCGACUUGAAGAACAUGCUAGUUUAGGUCUUUUGAAAGCAACUACUCUUUUAUGUACAUCCGAUGUUACUGAUCUCUAUACGAUGUUACCACAAGAAGAAUCGAUAGCCAUUCUAAAACAAUUCCUUCUUCAACAUAGUCGUACACAUAUUAAAAAUAUGACGAUUGAUGCUAUCGAAAGUUUGGCUCGCAUUGUAUUGACUGAAAAUGUUUUUACUUAUAAUAAUAAAUAUUACCGACAAAUUAAAGGUGGUGCAAUGGGAUCACCAUUUACAUUAACAUUAGCUAAUAUAUUUAUGUGGCAUUGGGAGCAAAAUUUAGUCGCAAUUCAAAAAACUUCUGGAAGUCUCUACGGACGGUGA